AUGGACAUUAAAGCCGUCCACGAAAUGAUAAGUGUCAAUGUGGAACUGUUUACAUUGGUCUACAUGAAUAGUUGCAUGGAGAGGCUGAGACACAAGCACAGGCGUACAAACGUAUCAUUUACCUGCUUAACUCCGCUCAACAUCAAAUCUGCUGACAGGAGACAACCGUUAUUGUGGCCGUCUAAAUGUCCGGAAUUCAACCUAACUCCUAAUCAGUAUGCUAAAAAGGCUUUACCUGUUAUUGGAUGGUCCGGUCGGCCAUCAUGGUUUUUACGAAGUCUUCCUCGAUGCAGUUGGGUCCAGAAUUUUUUCUUCUAUAGUUAUGUGUAA